CACGGUGAAUCGCCAUCAGAUUCAGAAUGGGAACGGGUUCGAGUUUUGGCUUGCUCGUUGAACUGUCGGCACAGAGACUGAUCAGUGCUUGGGACGCGUGUUUGGCGUGCAGAUCGCGGUCGAGAACUUCGCAACGAAAUUUCACACUCGCAGCGGAAUUUAUUGUGAUAAGAGCACACGGUACUUGAGACCGGUCAACAAAAAUCGACAGUACUGAGCAACUGGGUCUCAGUUGCUCUGCGCACAGUGAAACGAACACAAAUCAGGGAAAAAUGCUGCCACGUUGUAAUCUAAUCGCGGUACUCUGCAUGUGCCUCUGCCUGUUCCUUGGACUGGCUGAGUCACGUUCGCGGAGCAAAGCUCUGACGAUAACGAAUUUUGUGCCGCUCAAUGGCGGUUCCUCCGCCCACGUGGAGUCUCUGCUGGGCAGCACUCGACCAAAUCCGGAUACGUACAAGACAAUACGUAAUGCGUUCUCACACUACGAGGAAUCGCGAUCGCUGGGCUACGAUCUGGAGCUGAACGCACGCGAACUGGAGGCCAAUGCGACCAUUAUGAAGGCGAAACUCACUGAGUAUUCAGAGGGUGAAAUUACACCGCAUCUGUUCAAGCCAUCUCAGCAUAUUUUCAAAGUACUCGAGGCCAUCGAUAAGACGGACCUCUUCAGGAUGCUCAAACGCAUGCCAAAGGGUGCAGUUCUGCAUGCUCAUGACACGGCUCUGUGCAGCACGGCAGCCAUCAUCCAGCUGACCUACAAUGAUGAUCUGUGGGUUUGCCAGCAAACCAACGACUUGAGUGCCUCAUCCCUGCGCUUCGCUAAGCAGAAGCCUGAGGCCUUGACGGAUCCCGAUUGUGACUGGAGUCUGCUGUCGGAAGUGCGCAACAAAUAUGGAGCCGAAAAUGUAGAUGAAUAUUUGUCGGAGCGUUUGACUCUGUAUCCCACCACGGACUUUGUAGACGUUAAUGCUGCGUGGUCCAAGUUCAUGGAGAUUUUCGGACUCCUCGAUGGAUUGGUAAUGUAUGCGCCAGUCUGGGGCGAAUACUAUUACAAGGCGCUGGAGGAGUUUUAUGCCGAUGGUGUGCAGUAUCUGGAAUUCCGCAGCAUACUGCCAACGCUUUACGAUAUGGAGGGUACUGUCUAUACGCCGCUGGACACCGUUCGCAUAUAUGUGGAGACUCUGGAACGUUUCAAAAGCAAGCCGGAGCAUAAGGACUUUAUUGGUUCACGAUUGAUCUAUGCGCCAUUGCGCAACACCGAUCCAAAGGGUGUCUUGGGUUACAUUGAAAUCCUCAAGCAAGUUAAGGCGAAUUAUCCGGACUUUUUGGCAGGUUUCGAUUUGGUCGGCCAGGAAGAACUGGGGCGUCCACUUAGGGAAUUUGUUGAUGAACUGCUGCAAGUACCGGAGGAUAUUGACUUCUUUUUCCAUGCGGGAGAAACUAAUUGGUAUGGUUCCUCUGUCGAUGAGAAUCUGAUUGACGCCUUGCUGCUGGGCACAAAGCGCAUCGGUCAUGGCUUCGGUCUAGUCAAGCAUCCGGUUGUGCUGCACAUGGUCAAGAAAUUGAAUGUAGCUAUCGAAGUGAAUCCCGUAUCGAAUCAGGUGUUGCAAUUGAUCAGUGAUUUCCGUAAUCAUCCCUGCUCACAAUUCUUUGCUGAUGGCUAUCCAGUUGUCAUAUCCUCCGAUGAUCCAUCAUUCUGGAAGGCCACUCCAUUGACGCACGACUAUUACAUUGCUUUCCUGGGCAUUGCCUCUCAGCAUUCGGAUUUGCGAUUGCUCAAGAAAUUGGCACUCAACUCAAUUCAAUACAGUUCCCUCUCCGUCGACCAGAAAGCCGAGGCGCAGGCCAAGUGGCAGAUCAAGUGGGAUGAAUUCCUGGACUAUGUGAACAAUGUUCAACAAAAUGGAGCAUCGCAUAGUCAACACCUCGAUUGACUAGCACGGGUGGUGGCAGUGCUUCUGGUCACGUUCUCCCUCCUCCUGAACACCGGCCUUUGGCACUAGUCGGAAAUCAAUCCCUCAAAGCUAGCUGACAAUCGAGGAAACCGCGCUUAUACUCAGUUCUAACACAAGACUCCUUAUUCACGCAUACUAUGCUCAUCCGCAUUCGUUGUAGACUAAUUAAUAUUGAUUAGUGUUUAAGUAUAAAGUUUAGUUCUACUACACACUCGACUUCCACAACUAAGCACGCUUAGUACAUAAGAGAUUUGGCACUUUAAUCAAUUUGUUUAUAAGCUGUAUUUUGUACUAAAAACAAUUUGAAUAAAUAGCUCGGUCGUAGCCGCAAUUCAUGUUCAAAAUGUGCAUUCAGAAUGCCCACGAAAAGGAACCACAUGAUAAUUGUAAUGAGAAAUGCAGUCAAGCAUUGCCAACCACACAUGUAUCUAGAGAUGGCACAUUUGCUAAUCAAUAACAGGCUGCAGAGGCCAGCAAGUAAUUUAUAAGAUGCACUUAAUUUGAUAUUUUUAAUAUAUGUAUAUUUGCAUAGCAUUUUCGCAUCUUUCAAGAAUAUUUUGGAAUUAUAUAAAAUUAUCGCGUUGUACAAACCAUCAUUAUUAUUAAAUUUA